UGAACCUGUACACACGUCAUCUGGGAAGAUAAGAUGAUCCUUUUUUCUUGGAGCAAAAGCUUUACCUUUUGAAAACACGAUCGACCGCAUUAAAAAUGUGAAGCGUGAGAUGUUCAUCGAUCGACAUAAUCGAUCAGUGCAGGUCAUUAUCUAAGGAAGGAAAAUCAAUCAGAAGAGCAGGUAUGGUGCAUGCAUCACGAAAAGCAUUUCUUGUUCUGCCUCUCUGUCUGGCGACUGGCGUCGUCGCUUGUAAAAUAGUGUUGGCUAAGUCAAAUGUAUUAUGUUCCUGCUCUCCGGGAUUUGUCCUGGCAAGUGCCACAACAGCGCAAUCAGCAAAAGAAACCUCAUCAUCAGUGUGCUGCUCGGAUUCUACCUGGGAGUAAACCCAAGUCACCUUCUCUGUCACAGGAGAGGUAUUAACUGACCGGAGAGAGAGAGAGAGACGAUGUCGUCGGAGGUUGAGAGGAAGACGGUGUGCGUCACCGGCGGCAACGGGUACGUUGCUUCAUUGCUCGUCAAGAUGCUCCUGGAGAAAGGAUACGCUGUUCAGACAAGCGUCAGAGAUCCCAAUAACCCGGAGAAGGUCUCCCAUUUCAAGGACAUGGAAAAACUCGGCCCCCUGAAGGUCUUUCGCGCCAACUUGGAGGAUGAAGGCAGCUUCGACGAGGCCGUCGCCGGCUGCCACUACGCCUUCCUCGUCGCCGCUCCGGUGUACGACAAGAGCCACAAGUCCGACGAUCUCGAGAAAGAGAUAGUCCAAGGCGGCGUCGAGGGCACACUGAACGUGAUGAGGUCGUGCGCGAGAGCCGGCACGGUGAAGCGCGUGAUCCUGACGUCGUCGACGGCCGCCGUCUCCAGCCUGCGGCCGCUGGAAGGCGCCGGCCAUGUCCUCGACGAGUCGUCCUGGUCCGACAUCGAGUACCUCAGAUCCAUGGAGAAGCUGUCGCCGACGCAGGCGUACUCGAUCUCCAAGGUUCUUUCGGAGAAGGAGGCGACCAAGUUCGCGGAGGAGAACGGUCUCAGCCUGGUGACCCUCUGCCCGGUCGUCGCCGUCGGAGCAUCGCCGGCGGUGAGGGUCGAUACCAGCGUCCCGGCCUGCCUCUCGUUGAUAACCGGCGACGAGGAGAUGAUGAACAUCCUCAAGGGCAUCGAGAAGGCGUCCGGGUGGUCGAUGCCGAUGGUCCACAUCGAGGACGUGUGCCGCGCCGAGAUCUUCGUCGCCGAGGAGGAGUCGGCGUCGGGGAGGUACAUCUGCGGCAGCCUCAACACCACGGUCACCGAGAUCGCCGGCUUCCUGGCGGCCAAGUACCCCCAGUACAACGUCAGAUGCGAUUGCAUCGAAGAGCAUCACCCCGAGAAGCCGACCAUCUCGCUCUCGUCGGCGAAGCUCAUCGGCGAAGGGUUCGAGUUCAAGUACAAGAACCUGGACGAGAUGUACGACGACCUCGUCGCGUACGGCAAGGCCCUGGGGUUGAUCCCCAACUGAUGGUGAUGAUGGGCGGCGUAAUUCCACUGCUUUGGCGAUUACGACCAAACGUGUGUUGCUUUCAAAAAUACUAUUGUGUCUAGCAUUCUAUUGCUACAUUGCUAGUAGUACUAGUACCAAGUUCCAAUACAUUUGGCGGUUUGGCUGUACUUCGUUCUGUUCAUGUAAGAGGAGGAUUGAGAAUUUGAGAUCCUCUUAGGGGGUAAGCUGUCUAAUUCUCCGGAAAGGAUUAGCUGAAAUCCUCUAAUAGUUUUUGCAAUACCAACGUACUUUCCCGGUUUCCCGGAGAACCGGUAAAAACUUCUGCCACAAAAAAAAGGUUGUGUUUA